AUGUCCACGCGGGCCCCCUGCCUCACGCUCAGGUCCAGUUUACUGCUCCCAGACCAGUCCUGGCGCACACUGGCUGUAUGCAGCACAUCCACGGGCAACUGGAGCUGGGGACGGCAGAGAAAACACAUCACCCCAGGGUUUAAAGAACCAUAUACAAGCGCCUCCACUCUGGGCGACGCUGGCUCCGGGAUUUUCUCCAUCAGAUUCCUGCGGGGACAGAGCUCUCGUCACCGGCGGCCUCUCUCUGUUUACCACCUGUCCACAAAGCCUCAGUUCUAG